AUGAGCAGUCCACCAAGUCCUUCUCCAACCAGAUGGUUCAAAGCGCUCCGCAGUUCCAGGACCAGGCUGGGAGAGCCCAGUUGGAAAACCUAUCCUGUGGAGUGUGUGGAUCUGCUGAGGAGGGCCAGAAUUGCCUUUCAGGCUGGACGGACCUUGACGGAGGUCUUCAGACUGGCUCAGCUGGAGGCUGUGGUGAGGAUGCUGGAGGAACAUGAGUGUGACUUUGUUGAUGCUCUUGGAAGAGACCUUCAUAAGCCACGGUUUGAGACCGUCGUGUUUGAACUGAUAACGGUCAAGAACGAGGCUCUUCAUGCCAUCAGCAACCUUAAGAAGUGGAUGCAGCCGCAGUCUGUGGAAAGGAACCUGUCCACCUCUAUGGAUGAUUGUCUGGUGAUCAAUGAGCCUCUGGGGGUGGUGUUCAUCAUGGGGACCUGGUGCAGUCCUGUUCAAAUGUGUCUGGUGCCACUGGUUGGGGCCAUUGCAGCAGGAAACUGCGCACUUAUCAGUCCCUCGGAGUACACCGUGCACACAGCAGAGCUUCUCUGUCGUCUCAUUCCCUUCUACUUGGACAACGAAUGCUUCCAUGCGAUUCAAGCGGGCAUCGGUGACUUGCCUGAGAUUGUGGAGCUCAAAUUUGAUCACGUUUUCUUUACAGGAAACAGGGAGGAGGGAAGCAGGAUUGCUGUGGCUGCAGCUCGAACUCUCACCCCUGUAACCUUGAUUCUGGGAGGAAAGAAUCCAUGUUACGUGGACCAGCACUGUGACAUCACCACCGCUGUGCAGCGCAUUGCAUGGGCACGUUUCCACAACACAGGUCAGAGCUUAACGGCCCCCAGCUACAUUUUAUGCCACACGGAUGUGAAAGCACGGCUGCUGCAGGCCCUGAAGUGCUGUCUGAUGCAGUUCUAUGGUCCUGAUCCCAGACAGUCCCGCAGCUUUGGCCGCAUGGUCAACCUAGAGAUCUUCCACCAUACGAGGGACAUGUUGUGGAGAUCUGGCAGGGUGGUGGUUGGUGGGAAGGUGACCGAGGCAGAGAACUAUAUUGCUCCAACAGUUUUGACAGAAGUGGCAGAAUCGGAUCCCAUCAUGCAGCAGGAUAUUUUUGGCCCAGUUCUUCCAGUUCUGACUGUAAAUGAUGUGGAUGAAGCAAUUGCCUUCAUUAACAAGCAAGAGAAACCUCUCUGUGUGUAUGCAUAUUCCACCAACAAUAAGGUCAUUUCCAGGCUGAUGAGUGAGACUUCAAGUGGAAGCUUUUGUUCUAACGAUUGCACCUUGCAGAGCCUGAUGGUGGCUUUGCCCUUCGGUGGAGUGGGUGCCUGUGGAAUGGGGUCGCUGCACGGCCGCUACAGCUUUGACACCUUCUCUCACAGGAAAGCAUGCUUGCUUAGAGGCACACGCUUUGAGUGCGUCACCUAUCUGCGUUAUCCGCCUUACGAAAACCGCAACCUGUCUCUAAUGACCUGGGCCUGUACCCUGUCCCAGAAGAGUCAGGGCUGGUGCCAGAUCAUGUGACAGUGUGGGAGGACGAUACAACUAUUUUGCAAUGACAUCCACUGUGCCAACCCCAACAAAAAGUUCUGAACAUCUCUGACAUACUGUUGGGGAAUGGCAAAUUCACUGGUGUGGUACUACGAUCGGUGGGAGAUUAC